AUGUUUUUCACUCCUUAAUUUUAAGAAUUCAUGGAAAAAGAGAAAUCUAUCUAUUCCUCUUUGUAACAACAUCUUGAUAUCAUAUUAGUAUACUAAUUUAUUUAAAUAGGCUAAUCAAUUAGAUUUUACUUAUCAUUCUGUGUUUCAAUUAUUUUGUCAUAUAUCAAUUUUACACAAUACUUAAGCUAAUGUUUUUUAGGCCCUCAUGAAAAUGAUAGGGAGUUUGGUAGAACAAAAUAAAUAGAAAAAAAUUGAUGAUUUACUUCUUUUUGAUAAUCAACCAAAAUCGGCUUCAUUUUUACAACCAAAUUUUUUUGAAAUAUUUGAAGAAAAAUAAACUCAAUCAUAUAAAAAAUAAAAAUUAUUAAACACUAAUGAUGAUUAAAAGAAAUUUUCAAUUUAAACCGAAGCCGAUGUUCCAAAAGAGAAAAUAUUUAGAGAGGCUAUAAAAAACAAAAAAGAAAGAUAAUAAAUAGAUGCUCAUCAUUGUGAAGAAUGUGAGAAAUUCUAUAAAGCUUUACCAAAUUCAAAUCAUACAGAAAAAUUAAAACAGGAUUUUUCAAGGCAUCGAAUGAAUCAUAAGAUUAAUCAAGAAAAAUUACUGUUAACUCCAGAAUGACG